GGCAGCACAGGACAGAGGAGUUCCGGAAGGUGAACGUCCUGAUGAAGGUGCCCGCGUUAAAGGACGGUUCUUUCACCUUAGCAGAGAGCAUUGCCAUCCUCCUGUACCUGGUGCGAAAAUUCAAGACUCCUGAUCACUGGUACCCAUCUGACCUGCAGAAGAGGGCCAGGGUUGAUGAGUACCUGUCGUGGCAGCACAUCAACAUUCGCGGGAAGGGGAGCAAGCUGUUCUUAACGAAGGUGCUGAUGCCUCUCCUCACAGGCCAGCCACUUCCUCCAGAGAAACUGGAAGGUGUUACUGAAGAGCUGAAUGUUGUCCUGAAGCAGUUUGAGGAGAAGUUCUUGCAGGACAAGCCCUUCAUCGCAGGCAGCGAGAUCUCCCUGGCAGACAUUGUAGCACUGGUGGAGCUCAUGCAGCCUGUGGGUGCUGGCUACGACCUCUUUGAGGAGAGGCCGAAGUUGGCAGAGUGGCGCAGGCGGGUGGAAGAAGCAGUGGGCAAGCAGCUCUUCCAGGAAGCCCACGAAGGGAUCUUGAACGCCAAGAACUUGACCGCUGAUAAGAUUGCACCUGAACUACUGGAGCAUUUCAAGCACCAGCUCCUAAAGCAGGCCAGCCAGGUUUAG